AUGGGUCAGAAAGACACCGAUGAUGACUUGUCAUCAUUCACAGGAUCUUUAUAUCCAGCGGAGAAUCGUCUUGAACGCGCCAAAGUCCUUCAGCUCUUGAAUUUCUGUCUCAGGACGUACUUCACGUUCGACGGGACAAUCUACGAACAGGUGAGGGACACACCAAUGGGUUCACCGAUUUCGGGGUUCAUCGCCGAGGCGGUCCUGCAACGGUUAGAGUCGCUGGUCUUCCAACACCACAAACCGAAGUUCUGGGCCCGGUAUGUGGAUGACACCUUCGUCGUUAUCGAUCGGGAUCAACUGCUGACAUUCAAGGAACGUCUGAAUGCGGUCUUCCCGGACAUACAAUUUACGAUGGAGGAGGAAGAGAACAACCAGCCGGCCUUCCUGGAUGUCCUCGUAUGCCGCAAGGAUUGUGGUGGACUAAAGACCAAAGUGUUCAGGAAAGCGACAAAUACGAUGCAAGUACUGAACUUCAACAGUAACCACCCAAUCAGCCACAAACGCAGUUGUGUAAGGACGCUCUAUCGGCGUGUCGAAACGCACUGCAGUGAGCCGGAAGACAAGAUUGCCGAACUACAAUACCUACGACGGGUCUUCAAAGCCAAUGGCUACCCGCGCAACUUUGUCAACCGGUGCAUACGCAAAAUGGACGAAAGGCCUAACCGCACGGACACCAAAGUUUGGCGUGCGCUUCCAUAUGUCAAGAACGUUUCGGAAGCUGUUGGCCGCCUUCUCGCACCACUUGGGGUUGGAGUUGCACACAGACCGGAGGCAACCAUCAGGCGUCAGUUGAUGAAACCAAAAGACCCACUGCCACGGCAAGAAACGUCUGGAGUCGUUUAUCGGAUCUGGUGCAGUUGCGGACAAAACAACUACGUCGGAGAAACCGGAAGACAGCUCCGAACGCGAAUGGCCGAACACGCUGCAGCAGUGCGGAGAAAUGACGCCAGCUCUCAAGUUGCCACUCAUUCGACGAGAUCCGGCCACACAUUCAAAUUUGACGAGGCCGAAAUUCUCGCAAAUGGUGACAACCGCGUCAGCCGGGAGCUGCUUGAGUCAUGGUUUACUGGCCCCCAGUCUAUUAACAAGUGCAAUGAUCUUCCCAUUCCAUACUCGGUGCUGAGACUUCGCCUAGGCGGAGUAAUUGGUCACGCGCGGAGCGCACAGGUGAACACUCUUCCCAACACGAGGGUCAGCGCGUCAGAUGGUCGAGCAAUCACCACACCAACAUCCAACGCACGUGAUGAAAUUGCAGCAAUUAACGACGCGAAUGUCGGCCAUCACGCCACGGGCAACGAUCCCUGA